UUUGAGGGCCUCGAGCUGUUCCUUAUGCUCUCACCUCAAAACCCCCACAGGCAUUUUUUAAAUUUAAGGAAAAAAACAUCAGGAUCUACCGCUAGGAUGUCUGAGAUUGAUUUUGAUCGUUUCUUAAGAGCUCGGGAAAGGCAUCAUGCAUUGUUCUAGGUCUGCAUUCUGAGUGGUUCGACUUCCCACAGUUCCACUCGUGUCAGCUCAUGUAGAAUACUGCAUAGAGGUAGGGUUUUACUCUGUUGGAUCAUCGAUUGUUUGAGAUGCGGUAGUAUUCCACGGGUCACCCAUGGAUUUCACCGAUUCCUACAAGCAGACGGGGCCCUGCUGUUUCUCGCCCGACUCCCACUACCUCGCUGUCGCCGUAGAUUACCGCCUGGUGAUACGAGACCUCGUUUCACUCAAGGUUGUACAACUGUACUCUUGUGUUGACAAAAUAAGCCAUAUAGAAUGGGCCUCCGACUCGGAGUACAUCCUUUGUGUUCUUUACAAGAGGCCAAUGGUUCAAGCUUGGUCACUAACCCAACCAGAAUGGACAUGUAAAAUAGAUGAAGGCCCGGCAGGAAUUGCUUAUGCAAGAUGGAGCCCUGAUAGCCGCCACAUUCUAACAACAUCUGAGUUCCAACUACGGCUGACUGUCUGGUCGCUUGUGAAUACUGCAUGCGUUCAUGUGCAGUGGCCAAAACAUACUUCAAAGGGUGUUUCUUUUACCAAAGAUGGAAAAUUUGCUGCUAUUUGCACCAGACGAGACUGUAAAGACUACAUAAAUUUGCUUUCUUGUCAUUCAUGGGAAAUCAUGGGCACUUUUGCAGUUGACACGAUAGACUUGGCUGGCGUUGAAUGGUCUCCAGAUGAUAGUGCCCUUGUAACAUGGGAUUCACUACUUGAUUAUAAGGUUCUCAUUUAUUCUCCAGAUGGCAGAUGCUUGUUCAAGUAUCAAGCAUAUGAAAGUGGUUUAGGUGUGAAAACUGUAACUUGGUCCACAUGUGGACAGUUUCUUGCAGUGGGUAGUUACGAUCAGACCCUAAGGUUAUUGAAUCAUUUGACAUGGAAAUUUUUUGCUGAAUUCACACAUAUACCCACUAUUCGUGGGCCAUGCGAUGCUGCUAUUUUCAAGGAAGUGGAUGAACCUUGGCAACUUGAUAUGUCUGAAUUAUCUUUGAGCAAAGAUUUCCCCAAAAAUUUACAAGGCAACUAUCAUGAAAACGCUGCUGAGGGGAGCUCUGGAGUUAAGUACAAAUUAAUGUGUCUUCCCAUUAGUUUACCAUACCAAAAGCCAGCAAUAGACAAGCCUAAUCCAAAACAAGGCAUCGGUCUAUUAUCAUGGAGCAAUGACAGCCAGUAUCUCUUCAGCCGCAAUGAUAGCAUGCCUAAUGUUCUUUGGAUAUGGGAUAUUCGCCAUCUUGAGCUUGCUGCAGUCAUAAUCCAGAAAGAGCCAAUACGCGCUGCUGCCUGGGAUCCAAAUUGCCCCCGCCUUGUUCUGUGCACUGGCAGUGCCCAUCUGUACAUGUGGAGUCCUUCAGGAGCGUACUGUGUUAAUAUUCCACUGCCACAUUUUGUGGUCUAUGAGCUAAAAUGGAAUGCAGAUGGAAGUCGUCUACUGUUGAAGGACAAAGAUACUUUCUGCUGUGCUGCGUUAGAUAGUAUUCUGCCUGACUCAUUUGAUGAUGAUUCUGAUUAAUAGGUUACUUAGUUCUAUGUGCGGAGUAUGAGAGUACUUAGCUGUGUACUCUAAUUUUUUUGAAGUACAAAGUUUUUUUACUGUA